AUGCAUUUAGACAUUUUUAUAUUUAUCGAUAAUGCUAUUUUAAGGUCGAACCUUUUUGUGUGCCUAAGGAGUGGCGUAGAUUUAGCCCCAAGCUCAUCUGCUACGCUAGAUUUAGUCACUAGCAUAUCCACUGCACCAGAUUUGGCUGCUAACACCUCCGCUGUGCCAGAUUUAGCCGCUAGUACCUCCGCUACGCCAGAUUUUUAUCGGUACACUCAUUUGAAAUGUAAAGAAACUAGCGGACAAAUGUCAAAAACAGUCCAUGAAGAUAAAGAGACUUCAUAUGAAAGUUAG